GUGAGGCCCUCCACAUGCGGAAUUCUGCCGAUUUCAAUGCGUCAUUCGCCGAGAAUGAUCCAGAGGCAAACGUCUCGUGGACUUCAUUGACACAACACACGCAACUUUUCCGUGAGCAAGAGGUUCUCUUUCUUUUUCACAGAUCCUUGCAAAAAUGUCGAGUCGGCAGUUACGCAAGAUCCAGCAGCAGCGAGAGCUGGAAAAGCAAGCAAAGCUUCAGGCUGAGGAACAGGAAGAAUCGGACGACGAGCCUGUUAUCACAACGAAACCGAAACCAAGUCUUUUCGCAAAUCUAGCGGAUCUAGAAGAUGAAGCAGAGGAUGAAGGCGAGGAGAAGCCCGAGGAGGAGAUCGUUCAAGACGAUAAGGCAAAGAAUAAAAGAAAAGAGAAGCCUGCGGAGGAUGAAGUCCACGGAACUGGUGCGGAUGAUAUCGAUGCUGCUCUGCGAGAACUGGAUAUCAAGCCAACAUCGAAGAGCGUUGCAGCAGACCCAGUUGUCCCUGUCGAUCCAGAAUAUCAACGAGUAUGCGCUUUGCUAGGCGUCAGUACGCAACAUCUCAAGGUUGCAAAUGAAAUGCGAAGUUUGUUUGGGAAGUCUGCAGUGGAAACCCAUGAAGAUCGUGCAGAAAGGAGGGCAAGGCAGAGGCCACGGCAACAACCACGCCAGGUAGAUCUCGAAACUGCCUUGAAGGGACAUCACGCACCAGGAAAAGGAUUGUCAGAGUUGACACUACGCCGGAAUCCUUUAAUCCAAGGGAAGGAUGACUGGCCGAAGGGGACAACUGGUGGGUUAACUAUGGAAAUGGUUGAUAAUAAGGCGCCGGAUGGGACUAUCGAGUUUAGAUUUGUCCAUGACAAGACAUACCAGGCUUUGCAGUCCGCUUUUCAUGGAUAUGUUGAGAUGGGAGAUCCUCAAAACUUGAUUGGACUUUUGACAAGAAAUCCGUACCACAUCUCGCUCCUCAUCCAAGUUAGCAAAAUUGCUAAAGACCAAGGAGAUCAUGCAUUGUCAGCUGAUCUUCUUGAAAGGGCCCUGUUUACCUUUGGUAGAGCUGCAAUCACGGCAUUCAAUAACAAGAUGUCACAAGGAAAGGCGCGACUUGAUUUUGCUCGACCUGAAAACAGAGAGUUUUGGCUUGCUGGUUACCAAUACAUCAAAUCUCUCCUCAUGAAAGGCACUUAUCAAACGGCAUUAGAAUGGGCGAAACUUCUGCUGAGUUUAGACCUGGAAGCUGAUCCAUAUUCGAUGCUUCUUAUGAUUCAUCAUCUCGCAAUUCGAGCUCGCGAUUUUCAAUGGUUGUUGGACUUUUACCCCAAAAUAAAGCUGGAACCUCCAGGGUCACAACUCUCAAUUGUAGCGAUGAUGGUGUCAGUUGCAUACGCAGCCAUGUCCCUCCAAGAUGCUACUUUGUGCAGGAUGUUGUUGAGCGAGGCUAUGAAAAACUUCCCAUGGUUGUUUGUACGCCUCUUCAAAGAACUCAACCUGGAUGCACCAAAAAGUAUCUGGGGUCAACAGCCUCGUACAGACGCCGAAGCCCUGAUUGCGGAACUCUAUGUUCUUCAGACCAAAGAUCUCUGGAGUACGCCUGAAGCAACCGCAUUGCUAAUGGAAAUCGCCCACACGAUCCCAAAAGCCGAUCCAGAUUCAGCAUUCCCCAAGCUUUCGAAUGAUACGAUGAGUCUCGACGUAGUGCGCUUCAUCUACCUGGAGAACACUCCGGCUCUCAUGUCUCUCGUGCCCUCCCAACUCCUGCAUAGAAGCAACAACUCAGAUGCAGAUCCCUUAUCACCAGAUCACAACAUCUUCUCUUACCCUGCCCAGCGAACUGCAAUUGAAGGUCGUGACGGUCCACGCGGUGGCCUAGGAGAUGAUCUCUUCGACCCCCUUGCAGCACUCGCUCGUCUAAUUCCCGGAUUCCGUCGCCCAGCAGCCGGGAAUCGCGAAGAACAAGAGGGUGCCAUCAACCGCGUGCUCGAAGAUAUUUCAGGCAGCGAGGCUCACGACGGUCUCUCUGACGACGAUGAAGAUAGUGAGGGAGAAGAAGACAGAGAUACAGAUAUACCUCCAGGCGUGAUCAGCAGACUGCUGAACAUGCUUUGGAGGAGUGGUAAUGCUCCGCAACUUGGCAGGGACAAUGAUGAACGGACGGAUGAUAGCAUGCCUGACUUGAUUGACGCUGAGGAUGCCGAGGGGGGGGAGACUGAUGAUGAGAUGCCCGAGUUGGUUAAUGCCGAGUAGCUCGCACGACUUCACUGAUAGGACUCCGUUUUAGAUCUCAUGAAACAAAAUCGUCAACCCUGCACUUUCAAAAUCCAUCUGCCCUGAGCCGACUGUUCUCUAGGUUCUCUUCGUCACGCACGUGACACUCUCUCUUCCUCAAAAUGCUCCCCUGUAGGCCUCUUCCCCUUUAGCAACCCGAAACUUGCUCAAGACAUCCUCCAAAAGAACCCCCCCCCCCCCCAGGAUUAGCAAAAGCAAAAGGGCCUUUAAAUCGGAGAGAAUCCAUUAAGAUCCUCGAUGAGCAGGUUUCAUGCACGUCUGGCUGCCCUGCCAAGCCUAAAACCGCUCCGACCCCUGUUCGCUGCGACGCGGCUGAACUCGCUCGUCAUCCCAGCUUAGAAAUCGGUAAUCAUCGAGGUCUGUUACA